UUAAAGAAGAGUUGUACAACAAGGAUGUUUUGUAUAGAGAACAUAAACUCAGGAUCUAUUAAGUGUACCUUCGUUAUAUUUAGUCAUGAAAGCAUAAUUCGAUAAUGAGUAUGGAAACAGAAUCAAAUUGUUCUAAUAAUAAUAAUAAUAAUACUCAUGAUCAUCAUCGUCAAUUAGUGAAAAGAAACGAUUCAUUAAAAUGUUUCUAUUCACAUUCAAUAACUAGUAAAACUAAUUUACCAACAACUACAACAGCAACACCAAUUUCAACUACCGGUCAUGAAUAUUCUAAAUUCACAAUAUCCACUGAACCUUUAUCAUCAUCUUCAUCAUCAUCAAUAAUUCAUAAUCAGAAUAAUUGUUCAAAUGAUUUAAAAUUUAUGGAUGAUAGUACUUCAUCGUCAUCAUCAUCAUCAAUAUGCGGUUUGGAUAGUUUAUCUUGUGGUACAACUAUCGGUGCUGGGUCAGUAUUCUUAUCAUCAUCAUUAUCAUCCUCAUCACCAUCAUGUUCAGAAACACCAAGUGAUGUAACUGUAGUUACAUUAGGAUUAAAUCAUUCUAGUAAAUCAUUAUCAUUGUCACCAUCUUCAUCAUCACAUACUACUUGUACUACAUUGAAUGGUGGUUGUUCACACAAUGGAGUAUUAUCCACUUCUGGUGGCGGUAGAGGUGAAUCGUCGUUACAAUCUACUCAUCAUAUACCACGUCCUUGUAUAUUGUCCAAUAAAACAACUUCAUUUUUUAUCCCGCCUAAAUCGAAUAAACCUGUUAGUGGUAGUGAACAAUUGAAAGUAACCGGAGCACUAACUACAUCAUCAACAUCUGAUGUUGCGUUGAAUGUUAAUAAAACUUCAUUGAAUUUGUCAAAUCUGAAAUCACGUAUUCCAAUACCAAUAUCAUAUAAUAGUAAUAAUGAUUGUUCUGAGAGUAAUUAUCAUCCAACAAUGAAGUCGACGUUGAAAGGAUCUCAGGUUAAUGAAGAUUUAAAAACUAACUCAUUGAUAUCCAAUUCACUGUCAACUAGAAAUUCUACAAAUGAACUGCAUAAUUCAUUAUCUUCACCUGUCAAAUCAACUGACAUUAAUCAUAUUAAUAACAAUAAUAAUAAUAAUGAUGAUUAUAAUUCAAAUCAUUCAAACUAUUCAUUGAAUAAUAAUUUAUCUAUUAAAACAAAAUGUAAAACUACGUCAACAUAUCUUCCUCUACCUCCUCUUUCAUCAAAUCGUAUUGAUUCACAUAAACACACAACCGUCGUGCCGAAAUCAACUAAUCUUGUUAUGUCUGCAACACCAUCACAGAUCCCUUCAUCAUCGUCAUCGUUAACAUCCGUGACGACAACAACGGUGACAAUGACGACGACCGUACCACCACCACCUACAACAACAACAACACAUUUCAUGAAUGGUGUCAACGAUACUAUCUCAUCUCGUCCAAUACAUUCACAUUUAAAUGAAAUCACACAAGAUGUCAAUGGUAGUUGUGGUGGUAGUAGUGGUAAUAAUACAGAGAAUAAUUUAAAAGAUCUCUUACUGCCUGUUUCUUCAGACUCAUCAGAAUCGGAUAGUGAAUCAACCACAGAGUCAAUUUAUCAUCAACCACCAAAAGCAGCAGAUCGUAGUGCAGCUUUUCGACUAGCAAAAAGACUUUUUCAUUUAGAUGGUUUUCGUAUAACUGAUGUUGCUAAACACUUGAGUAAACGAAAUGAUUUUAGUCAACUUGUUGGUGAAGAAUUUGCUAGUUUCUUUAAUUUCACCAAUCAACGUUUAGAUGUUGCGUUAAGAUCAUUUUUAAAUAGUUUUUCAUUAACUGGUGAAUCACAAGAACGUGAACGUAUAUUAUUACAUUUUUCACGACGUUUUCAUGCAUGUAAUCCAACUGUUUAUUCAUCUGAAGAUACUUGUCAUACUUUAGUCUGUGCACUAAUGUUACUCAAUACAGAUCUGCAUAGUCAAGGUAUUACAAAGAAAAUGUCUUGUCAAGAUUUUAUCAAUAAUUUAACACAAAUGAUGAAUUGUGGUGAGAAUUUUUGUAAAGAAGAUUUAAAAGUAUUAUAUAAUGCUAUUAAACAAGAACCAAUACGUUGGCCACACUCUGAUACAAAUAUGAUGGGUUUUGUAAAUUUCUAUUAUCCUACUGCUCCAAAUGUACUUGGUCCACCAAUGGUCGGUGCUCCAUUAGGUGGAUAUCUUACUGCGGCUAAUUUCUAUGCACCAAAUCUUCCUCAAACACAUUUUAUGUUUAGUCCAUUACAGAAUACCGCUUAUCCUCCAAUGAUUUUUCCAAAUGUAACUGUAUCACAACUAAAUGAUAAUAGUAGCACCAAUACAGCUACAUUCAAUCCCUUAACAUCAUCAUCAUCAUCUAUUGCACCAGUGAACAACACAUCUCAGCUACCUUCACCACAAACUGGAAUAACACCGCCAUUCUAUUGGAAUUUGAAUAGUUUCAAUGCAUCAUUGUAUGAUGAUUCAUUUAUGAAUUCGAAUCAAUUGAAUGCUGGAUCUGUAUUGUCGAAUUUCUAUACACAGUCACCGCCUGAACAAUCUCAACAACAACAACAACAACAACAACAGCAAUCAUUACAAUUAACUCAAGCAAAUCGUAAAUUAAACGAAUCUUCUGGUCUUAGUCCUUAUUUAGAUUUAACAGCAGAAAUCAAUGCCAAAGAAUAUAUGCGUGGUUUAUUGGCUCGUAAAUGGGUUAUGGAAUCGUAUAAAAAGAAAACUCCUGUUGGACGUCGUAGUUGGAAAUUGUAUUAUGCAAGAUUACGUGAUCUUGUGUUAUAUUUAUAUAAAAAUGUUAAUAUUGCAAAUGCUGCAACACGUGCUGAAGAAUUACACAAUCUUUAUUAUUAUCAACAACAACAACAACAACAACAGCAACAGCUACAGCAGUUGCAACAACAACAACUUUUUAUUCAACAACAACAACAAAGACAACAGCAACACCAACAACAACAACAACACCAUUUUCUGUUGCUACAGCAACAACAACAACACCAACAACAGCAGCAACAGCAACAAUUACAACAACAUCAACAGUAUGUUCUACGAAAACAUGAGUCUACUAAUGAAGAAGAAGAAGAAGACGAAGAUGAUGAUGAAGACGAGGAACGGAAUGACAGUAAUGACGAGGAUGGCUAUGGCGAUCAUGACGGUGAGGAUCAGGUCGGCGUCGGCGGUGAUCAUGUUGAUGCAGUGGGCGUCAAUGUUAAUCAUCGCGGUAAUCAUGAUAAUCCUACUGUUGAAUUAUCCUCAUCAUCAUCAUCAUUGUGUAAAAAAGAUUAUGCUGCAACAGUAGCAGUAGCUGGCAGUAAUGAAAAUCACUCAGAAAUUGAGAAUAUUGCCGACAAUGGCAUUACUGGUCUAUCUGCAGCUGAUGAUCCUGAUCGUGAUCGUGAUCAUGAUGUGGACGUUGAUGAUCAUGCCUUAUCAACAACAUCAAAACAACUGACUACCUCAAUAGAAAGUCAACAAUCAUUGAACACUUCUAUGCUACUAGAUACCAAUGAGAAUGUCUCAAAAGAAAUGGAUGAUUUCACUGUGACCAAUUCAUCAAUACAAGUUGAAGUUGAAAAAACUGCCACUAUAAUACCAUCAUCUGUUUCACUAUUGUCUAAUACUACUCCUCCGCCUCCUUAUAUUACAACACAACUGCAACAACAACAACAGUCGUUGCCAAUGACCACACAACCAUCAUCAUCAUCAUCAUCGUCAUUUGUUCCGCCGGCAAUUCCAUCACCUGAAACAAUUAUUCGUCUAGCACAUGCUUAUGCAUGUAGAGCUACAGAUUAUGUGAAAAAGCCGAAUGUAUUCCGUUUACGCACGAAAGAAGGCGGUGAAUUUCUAUUCGAAGUCAAUGAUGCCAAAGAAGUGGAUAUUUGGAUUGAUCGAAUUAAUUUUGUUGCAGCUCUUCUCUCUGCACCACCUUUAGCAUCAGCUGUUAGUUCAGAGCGGAAUUUUCACCGGCCACAUUUACCUGCAACAUGUACUAAAUUGAAUAUACGUGAACAACUUGAAGAACAUCAAAGACGUUUGUUAGAAUUAGAUCAAGAAUUAACAGAUCUACGUUCACGUCUACUUGCCACUUCGGUUAGUAGUAGUAGUAGUAGUGGUAGUAACAAUAGCAGUGGUGUUACUAGUAAACAUCGUAAAAUUUCAACAGCUCCACAAUCAUUGUCACUUGAUGAAACGACAAAAUCAUCAGCACCAGCAUCAUCAUCAUGUAACGAGAAUAAUACAUUGAAUUUGGAUAGUUUUACUCCUACCACUUCUACCAUUGACUCUACUACUACUAAUACUAAUGUUAACAAUCUAAACACUGAUGUAUCAUGUACAGUGGCUGGCACUUCAACCACCACUACUACUACUACUACUACAACAGCAACAAUUACUUCUAAUUCUACUACAACUGCUGCGCCUGCUUCUGUUGUUACAUCCAGUGAAACAAUCAAUACUAGUACUUCAUCCACAUCAACUUCAUCUUUCUCAUCUAAUUCAUUCAUGUCUGUCUUUUCAACCGGUAGUCUAGGUCGACGUAGAAAAGGUAGUAGUGGUUCAUUGAAUUCCAACAGUGGUACAACACAUGGAUCAGAUGGUGGUGGUCUUAUAAUCAGUGCUAAACAACGUGCAGAAUAUGAAGAACGUAUACAAUUCAUGGAAUCGGAGGUUCAACGAUAUAAAACUUAUGCUCGUCUCUUAGAAACAGAACUAUUCCGCAUGCAACAAUCUUCAUCCCUAGUCACUGCGCAUACAGCGGCAGCAGCAGCUGCUGCUUUAGCUGCAACCAAUCCAUUUGUUCCUUAUCCCGGUGUUGGUUAUCCUAAUAAUAUUAAUAAUAAUAAUUUUAUGUAUACUAAUCCCAAUAUGGGUGGUGGACCAAUACAGUACAAUACUGCUAUUAAUAAUACAGUACGAACAAAUUUGAAUUUCCCGCCUUUCGGUGGUGGUGGUGGUACAUCUCCUACUCCACCGCCUCCACCGCCAGUGUAUUUUGUUCCUACUGGAUAUCGUGAUCGAGGCGCUGGUGUCUCCGCUUCAGCAACAGUAACAGCGGCUGCUGCUGUUGCUUCAACGACUACUAGUACUACCAAUCGAGGUGGAUCAGUUAUUAUGACACAUUUAGCUGUAUUAGGUCCUCAGAAUGCAUUGAAUGAAGAAGUUGCAGUACAAAUGACAACAGGUUCUGAUACAUCUCUCUCGACUACCACUACUACCACUACUAGUGCUUCUACUACUGCCAAUGAUAGUAGUUUAUCGAAUGAUUUGAAUUCUACCGAUAAUGAUUUAAUUAGUAGUCCCGGUGUUAUCAAUGUCCCUACUACAUUCACUUAUCCAGUAGUACAGCCUCAAUUAUAUCCAAUGAAUCAUGCGAGAUAUAGAACAUUUGUAUCACCGUAUUUCACACCACAACUUCCAUCGAUCAAUCCUUACUCACCAUCUGUCAAUGGACGAUUUUAUCCACAACACCACCAACAACACCAACACCAACAACAACAAAUGCAUCAGUCUAGACGAUUACGUUAUUCUUCACCGUCGACUAAUCUAUAUCAACAACAACAACAACAACAAAAUGGUCGUUUAAACGGUAGUCUAUUGGUUAAUGGGUAUCAGUUAAUGGAAGAAGAGUCAUUCAAUGAUAAACUACUUACUACUACUACUACUAAUAGUAGUAGUAGUAGUACUACUACGAAUACUACCAAUACUACUUGUAUUCCUACUUCAUCAAACUCCAUGAUUCAUACAAUCACAGAGAAUAUAUCAUCUAUGUGUAAAAGUAAAAAUGAUCCUGUUAACAAUAAGACUAACAGCAAUACUAAUGAUAAUCAUAAUAAAUUAAUGUCAACUACUCAAUCAAUUUGUUCAACUAAUGGUUUAUUUUAUGAGAUUGUAUAA